UCAGGAAGGGCAUCUCCUGCCCCGAUCAGGACCCCAACUGCACCCGCAUCGUGGAGACCCUCGCCGCCUGGAACAACACGGCAGUCAGCGCCUACAAGCUGGUCAACCUCCCCCCGGUCGCUACCUCGGUGGCGAUGGUGGAGGAGGACCCACACCCCUUCCCCACUGUGGAUGUACCAGACCACGCCCACUAUACUAUCGGGGCAGUCAUCCUGGUGAUUGGCAUCACAGGCAUGGUGGGCAACUUCCUGGUCAUCUAUGCCUUCAGCAGGAGCAGGAGUUUGAGGACACCUGCCAACAUGUUCAUCAUCAACCUGGCCAUCACCGACUUCCUCAUGUGUGCCACCCAGUCUCCCAUCUUCUUCACCACCAGCAUGCACAAGAGAUGGAUCUUUGGGGAGAAAGGCUGCGAGCUGUACGCCUUCUGCGGCGCCCUCUUCGGGAUCUGCUCCAUGAUCACGCUCAUGGUGAUCGCCGUGGACCGCUACUUCGUCAUCACGCGGCCGCUGGCCUCCAUCGGCGUGCUGUCCCGCAAGCGGGCCCUGCUCAUCCUGCUGGGCGCCUGGGCCUACUCCCUGUGCUGGAGCCUGCCGCCCUUUUUCGGCUGGAGUGCAUAUGUUCCAGAGGGUCUGUUGACUUCCUGCACCUGGGACUACGUGACGUUCAGCCCGUCGGUGCGCGCCUACACCAUGAUGCUCUUCACCUUCGUCUUCUUCAUCCCCCUCAUCGUCAUCAUGUACUGCUACUUCUUCAUCUUCCGCGCCAUCCGCAACACCAACAAGGCAGUGAGCAAGAUGAAUGGAAACAACACCAGAGACUCCAUGAAGAGGUUCCACCGCUUAAAGAAUGAGUGGAAGAUGGCCAAGAUUGCCCUCAUCGUUAUCCUCCUCUACGUCAUUUCCUGGUCCCCUUAUUCCACAGUGGCUCUGACUGCCUUUGCAGGAUAUGCCGAUAUCCUCACCCCCUACAUGAACUCAGUGCCAGCGGUAAUCGCCAAGGCUUCCGCAAUUCACAACCCCAUCAUCUAUGCCAUCACCCACCCAAAAUACAGGUCAGCCAUUGCAAAGUACAUCCCGUGCCUGGGGGCCCUGCUGUGUGUGCAGCCCAAGGACUUCCGCUCCACCAGCAGCUUCAUGUCCACCCGCCGCUCCACCGUCACCAGCCAGACCUCCGACAUCAGCAACCACUUCCACCGCGGCGGCAAGUCCCGCCUCUCCUCCGCCUCCGACAGCGAGUCCGGCUGGACUGACACGGAGGCGGACCUCUCCAGCCUGGGGUCCCGUCCUGCCAGCAGACAGGUGUCCUGCGAGAUCAGCAAGGACACGGCGGAGGUGCCAGACUUCAAGCCCACAAACUCUUUCAAGUCCAAGCUGAAGAGUCACGACUCGGGCAUCUUCGAGAAGACCUCUGUUGAUGUGGAUGAUAUCUCCAUGGCUGAGGUCGGCCAAUCGGACCGCAGCUCCCCUGCAGCCGCCGGUGAUGGCGUGGAGGGGGCUGCCCUGAGGGGUGUCGUCGUGCGGAUCCCUAGCAUCGUCAUCACCUCAGAGUCAAGCCCCGCCUUCUUGCCCUUCCUCAGGUCAAGCAGCCGUGGCUCCCGCUCCAGAACAGCCAAUGGCAGCUUGGGGAUUGGGUCUGUCACCGUGGAGAGCAAAGGGGCUGUCCAGCAGGGGUCAGUGCUCCCUUCUGCUGCCAACAGCACCUCACCAUCACACGACAAUAUCUGA